AUGUCACUCACCACCCACGCCACCAACCUAGCAUUCUCUCUCGCCCAUGCCAACCUAGUCCCGGGCCCCGCAUCGGCGCUGAUCCCAGCGACCUUUGCGCCGACGACACAGCUCGGUGUCUCGUUUGGCGACAAGGCGGUUGAUCUGGGAACCUUCUUCCGUGCUGGAGAGUGCAAACAGGCGCCGCGGAUCUCAUUCUCCCCUGAAGCAGAUACAAAUAUCCAGGGAGAUGCAGAUGCUUCGUAUCUAUUCGUCCUGACUGACCCUGAUGCGCCGACCCCGGAUGAUCCCAAGUUUGCCUUUUGGCGGCAUUACGUUGUGAGUGGGUUGAAGCCCGCAGGGAAGGAUGGGGAGGGAAGGAUAUUGACGAAGUAUCUUGGGCCGGGGCCGAAGGAUGACUCUAAGCCUCACCGGUACCUUUUUCUCCUCUACCGAGAACCAGCAGGUUUGUCCCUUGCGAAAGAAGACGUCGGCGGCGAGGAGUUCGUCCAGCGGCGCUCCUUUAAGCCUGCCGAAUUUGCAGAGAAGCACGGGCUAAGCCCCGUCGGUGUGAACUGGAUGACUUGUGCUGGGGACGGCUGGGUUGCGUGA